GGACGGGGGAUCUGCGGGCGGAACUGCGAGGGGACAAGGGACCGGGCUCGGGCCGCCGCGGGCCUCGGGUCCUCCCGCCGCCUGGAGAGCGCUCUGCUGGGGUUCUUCCCAUUUGUGAUUACACUCCAGUGGUAACGUGGCCAUUAGGGAUCCCAGCUGCCAGGGCGAACUUGGCCCAUGACUCCCAGCCCUGUAAGGGACGGGGAACUGCCAACAAGCCCUCCCUUGGCACAGUCUGCCGUUGACCACCCACUGGGACUCUGGCCGUCCUUUACGGAACUCUAGAGAGCACCCAAACACCGUAACAAAGGAGCUGAGAGCAGCUAGGGGCAGAGCCAGACGUGGAGACCCAGCCUUUGCAAAUGAGCACUGGGGCUUCCCUGAGCCCAGGACGGCGGUUCUGGGACCCUGUGGUCACUGCCUAGGGUAGCGCGGGACAGGCAGUUCCUCUGUGUUCUUGGCACAAGUUUUCCAGCCUGUGGCUGCCACACCUUCUCCCCUACGCCCACUGCUGGAAGAUGGGCAGUCCUCCUCAGGGGACACUCGGGGGCGGCUGGACUCAACCUUAGGACCAGCCAUUCUGGCUUCUUUCCUUGAAUCCUCCCUGCCCAUUUGAUAGAUGAGGAAACUGAGACUCAGGAAGGUGAAGAUGACUUGCCCAAGGUCCUUCAGCCUGAAUAUGGUGGAGGCAGGAACUUGGCCUUGGCAGUGGAGGGGCUGGCCCCUGACAGCUUCCUGCCUGGCCAAGGGCUGUUGAAUCAGCAGCAGUGCCUGCAGCAGACUCUGAACUUCUUGGAUAACAGUGUGGUAUUUGAGCACCUACUAUGUGCCAGGCACUGGAAUUCAGACCAACAGUGCCUGCCCUUCUGGAGCACGCAAACAUGAGCCAGGAUCGCUCAGCGUGGGGAGCAGAUUUCAGUGGGGCCAAGGGAGGCAGCAGUGAGACUGAGGGCUGGACCAGCCACCUGCCUGUCCAGACUCACUCCAGACGCCAUCGUGUUGGACCACCCGCUGUCCUUCCUUUGCCUGCGCUGGGCCUUGGCUGGAACACCGUCCUGCCCACGUCUCUGCUCUAUGUGGAGACGGAGGCCCAGAGAGGCUAAUAGCUUGCCCAGGGUCACACAGCCCAGGUGCUGCAGAACUGAGAUCUGAACCCAGAGAAGAGCGUGCUGAGACCAGAGCCAGGCAGAGGGUGGGGAGGCGAGCAGUGGCCUGAGAGGCUGAGUCACAGAAUCAGCAGAGCUGGGAGCUGGAAGGAACAGGAGGUCAGCUGUCCAGCCCUAGGGGAUGGAAACAGCAGACACCUGAAAUGAAGCCUGGAUUUGAAUCUCAACUUGCAGUGUGACCUUGGGCAAGUGACUGACCUCUCUGUGCCUGUUUCCCCAUGUGUCUAAUGGGGGCAACGACAGUCCCUGCUAAGGCCCCAGUUCCCCUGCAGGCCGUACGCUCACAGCCAUGAAGCUAAAUGAGCGCAGCCUGGCCUUCUACGCCACCUGUGAUGCCCCGGUGGACAACGCAGGCUUCCUGUACAAGAAGGGCGGGCGGCAUGCCACCUACCACCGCCGCUGGUUUGUGCUGCGUGGCAACAUGCUGUUCUACUUUGAGGACCCGGCCAGCCGCGAGCCUGUGGGUGUCAUCAUCCUGGAAGGCUGCACUGUGGAGCUGGUGGAGGCUGCCGAGGAGUUUGCCUUUGCCGUGCGCUUCGCCGGUGCCCGGGAGCGCACCUAUGUGCUGGCUGCCGAGAGCCAGGCCGCCAUGGAGGGCUGGGUGAAGGCGCUGUCACGGGCCAGCUUCGACUACCUGCGGCUCGUGGUGCGUGAGCUGGAGCAGCAGCUGGCUGCCAUGCGGGCAGGGGGCUGCCCACCACCACCCCGCCAGCCCCACGCCCUCCUGCCCAAGGAGAACGGCUGCGCUGUCUGGAGCACUGAGCUGCCUGCCACCCCCAUGGUGACCAACGCUGGCGCCCAGCCUGGCCCUGAGCUCCCACCGCUGCCUCCCUGCCGGCGCACUUCGACGCCCAGCGGGCCUCUUGACAUGGCCUCCUUUGCCCAGCUGCAUGAGUGGUACGGACAGGAGAUCAGGGCACUGAGAGGCCAGUGGCUCAAGAGCAGGGCCCAGCCCUGAAGAGCCUGCGGGCCCUGGUCCUGGGGGAAAGUGGUCAAGGCCAGCCCUGAGGU